AUGCUGCUUGCCCGCAGCCGCCUGGAGCUGCUGCUCCUCGGGGCGCUCCUCACUUUCCUCCUCUACCUCUGGCUCCCGGCCGCCCGGCGCUCCCGGUCUGACGAGGGGAAGCGGGGCUGGCGGGUGGCCAACGGCACCGUGCGCACGGGAAUGGCUGCGGGAGAGCCCCCCGUGUUCUACAGGGAGGUUCCCGCAGCAGCUGUGGGCCCCGGGAGGCCCGAUGUCCUGUUCCUGCACGGCCAGGCAUUCACCUCCAAGACGUGGGAGGCCUUGGGCACAUUGGCACUGCUCGCUGGAGAAGGCUACCGUGCGGUCGCAAUAGAUCUGCCUGGGUACGGGGAUUCGCCCCCAGUGGAGAUGGUGGUGACAGCACAGGGCCGGAGGACCUUCCUGGACCUUGUUCUCCGGGAGCUGGGCAUGCAGAGGCCUGUUCUCGUCAGCCCCUCCAUGAGUGGUCGCUUUGCCCUGCCCUUCCUCCUGGCACAUGGGGACCAGCUGGCUGGCUUUGUGCCCAUCUCGCCCGUGGGCACCAAGGACUACACUGCUGAGCAGUACCGGGGAGUCCAGACGCCCACCCUGAUCCUGUACGGUGACCGUGACACCAGGCUGGCUCCCCAAGCCCUGCAGAACCUCCAGCACCUCCCUGAGCACCGUGUGGUCGUGCUGUCUGGUGCUGGCCAUGCCUGCUACCUGGACAAGCCAGAGGACUUCCACCAGGCCUUGCUGGGCUUCCUGCACCAGCUGAAGUGA